AUGUCCGAGGCUCUAGGUGACCUGCUCGGCCUUGGUCAGACCGCAGAUGCCACGGCUCUGGCGUAUCUUGCCAGCCUCGCUGAGCAUCCCGCCGAUACGUUCCGCUCGUCGGAGCCACAACGCCUCGCCCAGGCAUCCCAUUCACUGCUACUAUCCGUGCAGGCUCUCUCCAAGCGCUCCCACAAGCCCAUUGUCGACUCGGCAGCCGGCCAUGCCUCUCUGCGGCGAACACUGCCCGUGCUAGGCCAGAGGAUAUCCGAGUUGAGCCAGGCAGUUCCCCGACUUGACACCGCCGCUGACGCCUUCUCGACAACGUUUGGCAAGACGAGCGAAAGCAAGACAAUUGCCCGACGUAAGGAGGCACUGAGACUGCUACACAACGCUGAACGCUUAGUCGAUGUCAUGGAGCUUCCGCCACUCUUGACUUCGGCCGUCAAUACUAUCCCCGUGAGCCACUCCUCAACUCUCGACUUACACGCCCACGUUCGACGCCUCGCCUCGCUUUACCCUCGAUCUCCACUCGUCUCGUCUGUGCUGGGUGAGGCCGACGCAGCUAUCCGCCAGAUGGCAACUGAUCUGAUUGUCGCCCUCAAGACACCCGGUCUCAAGCUUGCUGCGGGACUUCGCACCGUCGGUUGGCUCAAACGCAUACUGCCCGACCUCGUGCCUGGCGUCCACUCAGAUGACACACUGCCGGCCCUCUUUCUCGUAUGCCGUUUGAUGACACUGUUAACGACUCUGGCCGCGCUGGAGCCUCUGCGAGAGCUUGCCGUCGAAGAGAGGCUCCGCCAGGCCAAAUCGUCUAGCGCUUGGUCAGGGGGCCAACAUACGGAGCGCUAUCUCAAACGCUUUAUCGAGAUUUUUCGCGAGCAUGCCUUUGGUAUAGUGUCAAUGUCUAAAAACGUCGAUGCCAGCUUCAUAUCGUCGUCGAGCGCUGGAAACAAUGCUCUUGACACACCACCCUCAACUCUGCCUACAUUUCCGCUGCACCUCGUGGGUCUGCUGCUCGAUACUUUACGCACAUAUCUGCCCAAUGUCAAAGACCAGACAUCUCGCGACAGCAUCAUCAUCCAGGUGCUUUAUUGUGCCGGAAGUCUGGGCAGGCUUGGCGCCGACUUUGGAUUGCUUCUGGCCGCACUUGGCGUCAACGAGUGGGCAGACCUUGUCAAGCGCCAUCGCCUACUGGCAGGGCGGCUCGAGUCCGUCAUUGGAGACUACCGAGGCAACCAAGUUACCAUUCCGACUGCGAGUGCCCCCCAACCUGAGACAUAG